AUGGAAGUACCUGACUCUCAGGUUUACAUUGCCACUUAUCUGAGCACGGAUGUGUAUGAGUGUACUAUUAAUAACACGCCAAUCAUGAGAAGAUGUAAAGACAAUUGGGUGAACGCUACACAAAUCUUGAAAUGUUGUAAUUUUCCCAAAGCCAAGAGAACCAAGAUCUUGGAGAAAGGAGUACAACAGGGUCUUCAUGAAAAGAUUCAAGGUGGUUACGGCAGAUUCCAAGGUACAUGGGUACCAUUAGCUGAUGCUCAAAGAUUAGCAGCAAACUACGGUGUGACUCCGGCCUUGGCGCCUGUUCUUUACCUUGACUUGAAUGAUCCCAAUUUAGUCAUUCCCAAGAAGAUCAAGCAAAUGAAUAAAGACGGUACGCCAGUGAAGAGAAAGUACGUUAAAAAGUCCAAAAAGUUGGAAGAAACGCCAACCAAGAAGCAAAAGUAUGGUGACUCUGAAUUGUAUGGGUCAGCCUCUGAGGAUUCAUUCAGGGGCGGCCAGAUGGCCCACCAGGGUAUCUCACAGACUCUGCAACAAUUGCAGUAUCAAAUGCAACCACAGCAAGUUCUGCAGCAGCAGCAACAACAGCAGCAAAUCCGUGCACAGCAACAACUCCAACUGCAUUCUCAAUUACCACCCACAUUCAGUCAACCAGAAUUCAUGGUUGGCUCAAACACCAGCAUUCCAAGUUUUGGUUCAAACCAAAAUUCAAACCAAACAAUUCAAGAUGAAUUUCAAAAUUAUCAGAUGUAUCAAAGAUUCCAACAGCAACAACAGCAACAACAACAGAUGCCUUUGCAACCGCAACAGCAGCUUCCGCCACAGCACCAUCAGCAACAACAGCUUGCACAGGAAUUUUCACUGCAAAUAUCUCAACAGCAAAUUCCACAGGCAAUUCCAUCUAGUCAACAAAAGUUCUUAAAUUCAAUGGGCAGCGCUGCGUACGGGAAUUUUCCAAACUCCAUUUCAAAUCCGCAACAUUUACAAUUAAUGGGCCAGUUUCAGCAUAACAACACUCAAGCACUGUCGCAAUCUACUAAUGAAACCAAUUGGUCUCAAGAUGAAAACAACAAAGAAUCAGAUACUUCAGUCUCAUCUAAUGAAGAUGCAGCCAAUAAACGCAGAAGCGGUAGAGUACCUUUAAAUGCUGCCAUAGCUACAGAAGACUCUAGAAUUCUCAGCACUUCUAUGACUGAGAACAACCAGAGUCCUAAGUUAAUUGGCAUAAAUGGGACAGCACAUAGUGGAGGUAUUGAUACUGAUGAUGAAAAUUCAUAUUCUGCCCAAUUAUUAAGAUUCUUCAGUGAAGAUAAUGCCCCUAUUCCAUACUUUAUUCACAACCUUCCAUAUGAUUUUAAUAUCAAUGAGGCUAUCGAUGAUGAGGGCCACACGCCUCUUCAUUGGUCUGCUUCAAUAGGUAAUUACAAUAUGAUUCAUUUAUUAAUUACAAAGGGAGCAAAUCCAUUAGUUGUGAACAACUUUGGUUUAAAUCCGUUGAGUAAGUUGGUACUGUUCAAUAAUUGUUAUGAAUUGAAAAACUUCCCGAAGGUAUUAGAUGAUUUGGAAUUAUGUUUAAUUAAUACUGAUAUUAACGGAAGGACCCCAAUACACUACUUAUGCCAAUUUGCUAAAGUUAAAUCUAAAUAUGAAAGUUUGAGAUAUUAUUUGGAUAUAAUACUAGGAAAGUUGAACUCUUUGUCGAACAGAGAAGCAAACAAGCAACUGACAAAUUUAUUGAAGAAUGUUAUUGAUCACCAAGACGUCAAUGGAGACACUUGCUUGCACUUGGCUGCAAAGUCAACAUCAAAUAAGGUGGUUAAAUUGUUGCUCAGUUAUGGAGCACGAGAUGAUUUAAUUAACGUCAAUAAUGAGACUGCUAAAAUGAUCAUUCAAAAUUAUAAUUUAUUAGGAGGAACUGAAGAAAGAAGAAAGGAUAUUGAUAGCAACGGGGCAAUCUUGGCUACACCUAUGCAAUCUUUUGGUGGAAAAAUUGAAACACCUGAUACUCAAAGAACUACAGUUCAAGAUGACGAAGAAGGAAUGGACGAAAGCCGUGAAGAUGCCAUUAAAGGAGACUUUGUUAGCAGAGAACAUUUAAACCAAUUGAACAUAAACGAAGACAACAAAGAGAAUAUAUUCAAGGAAGAAACAUUGAAAUCCAUUGAUGGCAUAAGUACUCCAAUUCAAAAUGGUGGAGCAAAAUUACAUUCCAGUUUACAACCACAACUGCUGCAGUUGGCUGUGAUUUCUGAAAAGACAACACAUGAAAGCACUCCAAUACGUGGACCAGAUUCUAGAAGACAUCCAAAGAGUUCAUUCUUAACAAGUAGUUCUAAUAAAGAAGAAGGAGAUACUUCGAUUCUCACAUAUGAGCCUAAGCCUCCUCAAUUGGAUGAUGAUGGUAAGCUCAUUGGCCAAGAAGAAAAAGUGCAAGAGGAAGGACUUACACUGAACUCUUUAGAUACCGAAGAAACCUUGUCCACUUCGUAUAAAUUGCCCAUGAAUGAUUUGUCAUCAAUGAUCCACGGUAUGAUAAAUUCACUUUCCUCCACGUACUCGGACGAGGAUAAAAACAUUGACAUUCAAAUAAGAAGUACUAAAAGGGAGUUGAAGAAUAAAAAAGAGAAACUGGAAGCUUCGAUGAAAAAGAUAAACAAUAUGCUAGUUAAGAGUGGGUUCCCCGAAGUGUCGGAUUUGCAAGAAGGACAAAAGCUCGUUUUGGAAGAAAUAGACAAUCACUCUGACUUGUUACAAGUUAAGGAGCAGGAAUUACUCAAGGUUCUUGAAAAAAAUCAAGCUUUCCAAUUGGCAAGCUUAGUGCAAGAAAAGGAAGGACUGAUCAGUAUUGAUGAAGAACAACUGGAGGCACAAGACAACGAUUCCGAUGAAAACAAUCAAAAGGUGCGAAAUGAGAAGAGAGAAAUGGCAAUACAUUUAAGCAGAUUGCAAUUGAAACGUACAACGUUACUUUCUGAUAUCACAAACAGUAUUAAAUACUAUGGGAUUGACUCUAAGAUGUAUAAGUACAGGAAACUUAUCAGCCUUAGUUGUGGACUUAAAAUGGAGGAUAUUGACGGACUUCUUGAUGGGAUCGAAGAACACCUUAUGGAAAGCUCUUAA